AGCAGAUGUUAUCAGAUUGAAUUUAGUUUAGCGUGACUGUAGAUCCCCCCCGCCCUUUCACUCUGCUUCCUCUCCAUAUAUAUCUUUCCGUCCAAGGACUAUUCUCCUCCUGCUGAUAUCCCCAAACGCCGAAAGAACAAGAGAGGACUUUUUGGGGAGGGGGCUUUUCUAUCUCCCCUAAGUGACAAGAAGGAUCGCGUUUUAUUCAAUACCGCACGUUCAGGCUCUCUCCCGGCAGGAAUUUCGCUGCUUAAUGUGCUAAAAGAUUAUAGGAUUUCUUUGAAAUUGAAAGGGGGGGCAACUGGAUGGUGUGUACUGUCGAAGCCUGUUUCAGCUUCGUUGACCCUGGAAUACAGCUUUUCUUCGGCAAGAUCCGAGGAGGAUAAGAGUCCCCGUCCCCCCCGCAGCCUCUAGAGCUUUUUAACGGCUGGCUCUGGAACGGACGACUUUUUCAGCACCAUUCCGAGCGGACAGCUCCUUGGGGCUAGCAUUGCUUAUCUAAGGCACUUCGAAAGAAGCAUUUGUGUGUGUGUGUGUGUGUGUGUGUGUGUGUGUCGGAGGAGGAGGAGGAGGAGGAGGACUCAGACCGCUAGAUAGCCUGGUUAGAGCCAACAAUAUUCAUUAAUUAUAUCAGGAGGUGAAAGAGGGAAGCAGGAAACCUGCAACAGUCACAGGCUUGCCGUAUCCCACACAGAAGGAGAGGGGCUGCACAACCUUCCGGCUAUGUUUAGGUGAAAGACAGGAGGGAAAAGAAAGAGCGAGAGUUGCCAUCACGAACUGCCUUCUAAACUAUGCAAGACCCAUCCUGAUUUUGGACAGAGGAAAUAGACGCGUCCAACCACCGUGUGAUCUAUUCGGCUACUAGGCGGAAGGCAAGGGAGAGCGAGUUUUAAAAGCACAACACCCGAAGGAGUUUUGCAGCACAAGCACUGGGAAUAGCUUCGUGCUCAGCUCCUCAGGAAAGUGAAGCUUGCAGGGAGUAGGGGAAACGUGGAUUUAAAAAACGCAGGGAUGGGAGGAUCUCGCCCAACUUCGCCUGGUUUCUGAGGGAUUGUGGAGAAAGGAACAAAAGGGAUAUACAUCUCCAUGUGAAGUUAUGCAAAGCCUGAAGCCCUUCUUUAGUUGCUUGGCUGCAAUCCUCCAGAGGACCGAAAAGGGGACCUUGUAAACGCCUCCAAACUCUGCACUUUCUUCACCACCUGCCUUGGAAUGGAUACUGGAGUAGACUGGAAAUCUUGACAGAAAAGUGACAGGGAAAAGAACCAUGGUUUGUCCCCUCCAGAAGACCACUGAUCAGUUUCCCCUUUCAGUAUUGGCCCUUUGAAGGUUACUCCUAUCCCCUCUCCAGAGUUCAAUGUGGAACCAGUCUCCAAGCCAGCAAAGCUAAGUGGUUUUUGAUGACAAGAGUCCCUGAUCUCCAUGGGUCUUUAGGUUGGAAGGGUUGAGUUUCAAGGGGUCUUUGGCAAUGAUUGGGAAGAACUGGGGAUCUUUGUGCAUGGAGCAACUCUCCUUCUGUCUAUUCCUGAGUGUCUGCUGUGACUGGUGGUAUCAUCCAGUCAGCUCAGCUAAACCGAAAGGUCAAGGACAUCCCCACAUGAACUCUAUCCGUCUUGAUGGGGAUAUCACCCUUGGAGGCCUCUUCCCUGUCCAUGGGAGGGGCUCCGAGGGCAAGGCAUGUGGUGAGCUGAAGAAAGAGAAGGGGAUUCACCGCCUAGAGGCUAUGCUUUUUGCUUUGGAUCGCAUCAACAACGAUCCUGACUUACUCCCCAAUAUCACCUUGGGGGCUCGCAUCCUUGACACCUGCUCUCGAGAUACCCAUGCCUUGGAACAGUCCCUCACCUUUGUCCAGGCCUUGAUUGAGAAGGACAGCACAGAGGUGCGCUGUGUCAAUGGUGGGCCACCUAUCAUCACCAAGCCAGAGCGCGUGGUUGGGGUGAUUGGCGCUUCCGGCAGCUCCGUCUCCAUCAUGGUGGCCAACAUAUUGCGCCUCUUCAAGAUUCCUCAGAUAAGCUAUGCUUCCACCGCCCCUGACCUGAGUGACAACAGCAGAUAUGACUUCUUUUCCCGUGUCGUCCCCUCAGACACCUACCAAGCCCAGGCCAUGGUGGAUAUUGUCAAAGCAUUCAAGUGGAAUUAUGUUUCGACCUUAGCCUCUGAAGGCAGCUAUGGUGAGAGUGGAGUGGAGGCCUUCAUCCAGAAAUCCAGAGAGAAUGGGAGUGUGUGUGUGGCACAAUCAGUCAAGAUCCCCCGGGAGCCCAAGGCAGGAGAGUUUGAUAAGAUCAUUCGGCGCCUCUUGGAAACAUCCCAUGCCCGAGCCGUCAUCAUUUUUGCUAAUGAAGAUGAUAUCAAGAAUGUGUUGAUGGCAGCAAAGAGGGCCAAUCAGACUGGGCACUUCAUCUGGAUUGGCUCUGACAGCUGGGGUUCCAAAAUUGCCCCUGUGAGAGAUCUAGAAGAGGUGGCUGAAGGAACCGUCACCAUCUUGCCCAAGAGGGCAUCUGUUAGAGGUUUUGAUCGCUAUUUCUCCAGCAGGACCCUGGACAAUAACCGUCGUAACAUUUGGUUUGCUGAAUUUUGGGAGGACAACUUCCACUGCAAGCUGAGCCGCCAUGCUCUCAAGAAAGGCAGUGCCUUCAAGAAGUGCACAAAUCGUGAGCGGAUUGGCCAGGACUCUGCCUAUGAGCAGGAAGGAAAGGUGCAGUUUGUCAUUGAUGCUGUCUAUGCCAUGGGCCAUGCGCUUCACAACAUGCACAAGAACUUGUGCCCUGGGAAGAUUGGCCUCUGCCCCAAGAUGGACCCAGUAGAUGGUGCAGAGCUUCUCAAGUACAUCCGUAGCGUCAAUUUCUCAGGUAUUGCUGGGACCCCUGUGACAUUCAAUGAGAAUGGAGAUGCCCCAGGCCGCUAUGACAUCUACCAGUACCAGAUCAAGAACACUACACCUGAGUACAAAGUUAUUGGGCACUGGGCUGAUCAUCUGAACUUAAAAAUGGAGCGCCUGCAUUGGCCUGGGGGAGGCAACCGUGUGCCCACCUCAAUCUGCAGCCAGCCAUGCAGGCCGGGUGAAAGGAAGAAGCUGGUGAAGGGCAUCCCGUGCUGCUGGCACUGUGAGCGCUGUGAUGGGUACCAGUAUCAGCAGGAUGAGUUCCACUGUAAGGUGUGCCGGCUCAGCGAGCGCCCCAACGAAAACCACACUGGCUGCAUCCCCAUCCCAAUCGUCAAGCUUGAGUGGAGCUCCCCUUGGGCUGUGGUGCCCGUUUUCAUUGCCAUUGUGGGCAUCAUUGCCACCCUCUUUGUGGUGGUGACAUUUGUGCGCUACAAUGACACACCCAUCGUCAAGGCCUCGGGGCGAGAGCUCAGCUAUGUGCUCCUGACGGGCAUCUUCCUCUGCUAUGCCACCACUUUUCUGAUGAUUGCAGAGCCUGACUUGGGAACCUGCUCCCUGCGGCGUGUCUUCCUGGGGCUGGGCAUGAGCAUCAGCUACGCUGCCUUGCUGACCAAAACCAACCGCAUCUACCGCAUCUUUGAGCAGGGCAAAAAGUCAGUCAGCGCCCCGCGCUUCAUCAGUCCUGCUUCUCAGCUGGUCAUCACGUUCAGCCUCAUCUCUCUGCAGCUGCUGGGGGUCUGCAUCUGGUUCAUUGUGGACCCCUCACACUCCAUCAUCGACUAUGAGGACCAACGGACUACGGACCCCCGCUUUGCCCGGGGGGUUCUCAAGUGUGACAUUUCUGACCUCUCCCUCAUCUGUUUGCUUGGGUACAGCAUGCUGCUCAUGGUGACCUGCACUGUGUAUGCUAUAAAGACCCGUGGGGUUCCUGAGACCUUUAAUGAAGCCAAGCCCAUUGGGUUCACCAUGUACACUACCUGCAUCGUCUGGUUAGCUUUCAUUCCUAUCUUCUUUGGGACAUCACAGUCGGCAGAGAAGAUGUACAUUCAGACCACGACGUUGACCAUCUCGGUGAGCCUAAGCGCCUCUGUCUCAUUGGGUAUGCUCUACAUGCCCAAAGUCUACAUCAUCCUCUUCCACCCAGAGCAAAAUGUGCCCAAACGAAAGCGCAGCCUCAAGGCAGUUGUGACAGCAGCCACAAUGUCCAACAAAUUUACUCAGAAAGGAGGCUUCCGCCCCAAUGGAGAGGCCAAAUCGGAACUGUGUGAAAAUCUGGAAACACAAGCUCUGGCUACCAAACAGACUUACGUCAGCUAUAGCAACCACGCAAUUUAAAACCAGCCAGUGGCAACUGGCCACGGGAAAAGGGCUGCUGAAGAGGAGGAACAAGAAAGUGGAGUUGAGCCCCUCAGCACAGAUGACGUCAUGGUGGUGGAGAGGGUGCAAGAAAAAAUGUGAUUCCAAGAACUCAUCAAGGGUGCCUGUUUCUGAUAACUGGGCUGCUGGAGGCAGCUAUUUUGGAAGAUGGCCACCAACAGUAGAGGGAAGAAUCAAUCAACACACCCCACGUGAAAUAUUUGCCUUCCAUUGGAGGGAGAGGCCAAUGGGGUUGAACAACACACCAGGUGGAAAGAAGGUGACAGACCUUUAGCAACUUUUUGGGUUUGUUUUUUUUAAAAAUUCCUGUAUCUUGGCAAAAGAAAAAAAAUCCCUUUUAUUCUUCCCCCCCCCCUUAAAAAUAGUGAGAUGGUUUGUGGUUGUGAAGAGUCUUUCGUUUUCUCUCAUUUUUUUCUUUUCUUUUCCAUUCCUGUCUUCUGACCUCUUCCCACCUUGCUUUCCCUUCUGUCUUCCCUCUCUCCUCCUUAUCAAAUUCUGUGUUGCAAAAAUAAUAAAAAUUCCUUGGGGGGAAAAAACAACCAUCAACAACAACAACAACAAAAGUGAAAACAAAACCUAGACUGUGUUCAAAGUGCUGAUUUCUAUAGGUGGUAAAUUAAUGUAUGUGAUGAUCAUAUGGAUUGAAAUAUGUCUGCUUUAAUGUACUGACCAAUCAAAAAAAGAUAAAAAACACAAAAAAAUUCAAAAGUUCAGUGCCUGGAUGUUUAUGAAUUAUUCGAUGACGAUGUGUAGAGCAUGAUCAUUUUUAUACCAGAAUAUUUCUAAUAAAAACCAUGGUUUUGCACUCAGGAGUUGCAUUUCCUUGCUUAA